AUGUCUGCACACAAUCAUUUACCUGAGAAGAUGCAGACGAGGAAUAUCUUACCGUGUCAUCAGGUGAUUGAUUGGACAGGUUCUGAAAGGCGACUGGGAUUUGUCGGCGGGGUGGACAGUGCAUUCUUUGGGAAUUUUUCAGUCUUGUUCCACCGGUGUACUUCCCCAGCAGCUGCGUCGUCAUCGUUUGAUUUGAGCUUCUCAUUUUUGCUUUUUCAACAAGGUAAAGUGGCUGGGAGUUCUAGAUCCAGAUCCAAUUUCAUUCUCUCGUACACAGUAUUUCCGAGCUUACUAUUUCAGUCAAUCCCAGCUCUUCUGGCUCAUUAUAACUGGACAACAAUGUCUAGAAGGGUAAAUACUGCUCGUCGCUUUGCAGACAGUGGGAGCCUCCCUUUUGUGGGUUCAUUACAUCCCAAAUCACGCCCAUCUCCUUUAUUAUCAAUAGGGCUUGUGGUUGUGGGCGCAUUGCUGAUAAUUGGUUACAUGUACCAUGGUUCAGGUGGAAGGAGCGGUGAUAUAGCUACUUUAAAUGGACUUGAUGGAGGUGUCUCAUGUACAUUAGAAGUUAAGAAAAUAAUACCUAUUUUGAAGAAAGCAUAUGGGGACAGCAUGAGUAAAGUGUUGCAUGUAGGCCCCGACACCUGCUCAGUGAUCUCUCAACUAUUAAAAGAAGAAGAUACUGUGGCCUGGGGUGUUGAGCCAUAUGAGUUAGAUGAUGUUGAUGGCAACUGCAAGAGUCUUGUGCACAAAGGCAUUGUGCGUAUGGCCGAUAUCAAGUUUCCUCUUCCCUACAGGGCGAAGUCAUUCUCUCUUGUCAUUGUGUCAGAUGCUUUGGAUUACUUGUCACCCAAGUACCUAAACACGACUGUUCCAGAAUUAGCAAGGGUAGCUGCUGAUGGUUUAGUUUUAUUAUCAGGUCAACCAGGUCAGCAGAGAGCUAAAGUAGCUGAGCUAUCAAAGUUUGGACGUCCGGCUAAACGGAGGAGCUCAACUUGGUGGAUAAGGUUUUUCAUUCAAACCGGCUUACAUGAAAAUGAAACUGCUACCAAGAAAUUCGAGCAGGCAGCAGCCAAGAAUUCGUAUGAGUCGACAUGCCAAGUUUUUCACCUCAAACCUUCGCACUGA